AUGUCUCCCGACCAGUUUGGCCGGUUCUACCGCUUCAUCUUCUACAUCUGCAGAGAUCACGGGAGACGCAAUAUUCAGAUGAGCGUCGCGGUGGCGGCCUGGCGCCUCGUUCUCCUUGGGCGCUUUCGGCUGCUGGACCGCUGGUGCACCUUCGCAGCGGCUAGCUCCGCGCUGGUGGUCACUCAGGACUUGUGGCGCCAGGUGCUGGACUUCAGCCGUACUGUGCACGAGGACCUGUCGAACUACGACACGGCGGGCUCCUGGGCGGUGCUGCUGGAUGAGUUCGUGGAGGAGAUGCGG